UGACAAUCACGCAGGAUGAGAAGCUCACCUAAGUUGCACGCCACGCCAGAGGGCUGUCAUUCCGGUGUUAAUGAAUGACGCGGUGAUCGGCUCGCUUUGCGAGCAGUUUGUCACUCGGCUGAAAGAUAACUACUCCUAUAACUUCAAUAGGCAUCGAUUCUUCCGCAACGGCACAGUGAAGAAAGUCUUCGAAAGCAAUAAGCAGGACCUGCGAGAACUACUAUGCCGCCUGUGCCAAGCGAAUGGGAUAUCUCUUGACUUACUUCCAGACAUUGAGCAAAGGACGUUGAAGGAUCUGAGUAUUGUUUUCGCAAUAUUGCUGUUCGCUCAUGGGCGCCAGGAAGUGCGUGUCUUGCGACAAUUCCUGGACCUCGUACUCCACACAGGAACCGACGAUAUCGCACCACUCCAGUUUACCGACGCAGACCUUCCCGUCUCCCUCACGACUGCGACCGCCACGUUCCCCCUGCGAGGUGCCGAGUUUUACCAGAAGCAAUUUCGGUUCUGCGCUGUGACACUGAUGAAACGCGAGGAGGUCAUAUACAAGAAUGAACGAUUCCAGUGUCCGCUGCCAUAUCUGGAGCAGACAAAAAUUGGAGAAGGGACAUUCGGUCAAGUGUGGAGAGUACGGAUCGAACAGCAGCAUAUCCAGUCGCGAUUCGACAGUACAGCGACUACGGAGGCCUUGGAGUACGCGCGCAAAGACUUCGAGCUAAACCGGGCUUUCGAGGAGGAACGAGAAGUUCUGAACAAGAUUCUUGACCAACCGCGACGGCACAGAAAUAUAAUGGUCGCGCUGGCAAGCUUGCAGUACGGAAGUACCUACAGUUUGUUUUUUCCGCUAGCUUCCUGCAAUCUCUGGGAAUAUCUCAACGGUGUCGGUGCUGAGGACCGGCUUCCCCCGUCGACCUGGGAAGAGAAAGGCUCCAUAUAUGGGCGAGGGGUAACGCUGGCUGGAGCACUGGCCUUUCUUCACCAUGAGUUCCGAAACCAACGAUUGGAGCUAUAUUCCUGUUAUCAUCUUGACCUCAAGCCCCAUAACAUUCUCGUCUUUAACGCAUAUACCGACUCAGAGACUUGGAAAAUCACGGACUUUGGCCUGUCCCGGGUAAAGGGUAGGGGACUCGAUGGAGAUGAGGACGUCGAAUUGGUGAUGCCUAUUCUAAGAAGAGCGCAGAAAAGAGCGAGGCAUCUCCGGGAGCCGUCGACCAUGAACCGACGUGGUGAAGGUACUUAUCUUGCCCCGGAGUGCUCAUUACCUAAUGGUAGGGUCAGCUCCGCAAGCGAUGUCUGGUCCUUUGGUUGCAUCAUUAGCUUAGUGAUGACUUACAUCGACUUCGGACAUAGCGGCGUGGUGGCAUUUGCGAGGGAACGGCGGCGACAGGACCACGGGGACUCAUUUUAUUUCAUCAGGCAUGGAAAGCCGAAACUAUCAUCGGUAAUCGCUGGCUGGUUUGACAAGUUGAAAGGAAGGGCCCGAGCCAGCCCUUUCGCGAUGGAACAAGAGGUCGUACGUCGCACGCUUGAUUUCUUGCAGCAAGGUGUACUAAAUCCAAUUCGCGAUCGGCGUGUUAGCUCUAAAGAGGUUGAGGAUACCCUCACAUCUAUAGGUCACUUGUUCCACCGAAAGCCCUCGGAGGCGUCCCUUGUACCUCGGAGCCGAUGGCCAAGAUUUCGACGGCCCUCGAUAUCUCCAGCUUAUACACCCCAUUACAAACAGCUUCCCAUUGAAACAAGCACUCCUAUCCAUGGGAGCGCAUUUGCGCCCGGUGGUGACAUCUUGGCAUUCUAUUCUCCCCAUUGCAUUCAAGUUUUCUUCCCCGAUGAAAUACUAUCCGCGGUAGAACAGGCUCCCAGAGCGAAAUUGAUAACCGUGCCCAAAGCGUCGCUAGAAUGUGUGGCAAGCAGCUCCAGGUUUCUGUGUGCCGGGCUUGCUACUCCACAUUUUGAAUGUUUCUUCUACGAGAUUGUUAAUUCCCCUGAACCACCAGCAAACAGCAUCGCGCCAGGCUUAAGGGUCUACUACCCACACAUGGGAUCUAUCAAGAGGUCCGCUAUGUCAGCAGAUGGGCUCCUGACAGCGUUUGUCAUAACUCGAAGUCCUGGAACGCCGGACUCUGAUACCCUUUUAUACCUUACCACGACCCAGAAUCUGCUUGGCACAGCAAGCGAAGGAAAUAGCUCAAUCCCGUCGAGUCGGUCAAACUCAGCAGCAUCUUACCAAGACUCCGAUAGUAUCACCAGCGGCGGAAAUAUAAUCUCAAGAGAAUCGACGAUUGGACCGGCGACACAGAUCCGAUCAUUGACCUUCUCUAACGACAACCAAUACUUGAUUAUGGUUGCUCAGCUGGACCACGGACAUUUGUUAGUACGAGCAUGGGACACGUUUAGUGGCAUAUCUUGCGCACAUUUGAAGAUAGGGUUCUCUGUAUGUGCAUACUGCUUUUAUGGACGUGGUACCAUGCGGCUGAUUAUGAUCACCAUCUACAAACAGGGCUCAUCUUCUGUGGACGAUGCUCUCUACACAGCAUGUUGUGGGUUUAACCGUGAACCUCGCCUACUUAUACUUUGUCAGGGGAAAUAUCUUCUGGUCAUCAACUCCUGGCGUUGGGAGGGCGAGGUUCACACAUUGCCUCACCAUCCGGUCAACGUAUUCGUUCGUGACGACGACGAGGCAAUAGUGCUCCUCGGGGAUAAUGGCAGUGACCGACGGCUCCGAACAUACACCUUGCCAAUGCCCAUCCCUACAAGCCCCAAGCCUAUGCAAGUAGCGCUCAGCAAUCUUAAUUAUUACAGACCAGCGCUAGAUAGUGCUGUCCUCACAAGGACAACAAGUGGCCAGAUUCAGUUGAUAGUGGCUACUACCAAGGGCCAGCUCCUUGCUAUAAAGGUCCCAGAUGCGGCAUGAAAUCGUAAUCGAUAUACCAACGUUCACACUUUCUUGUAUAUAACAGAGGGAAAACACCAC